AUGGCGUGGGAGAUGAGGACUGUUUUUCCGGUGAGUGGUUGCAAUGAUGGUGGGGAGUCCCACAGCCUCCGCACAAAGAUGGGCAGGAUGAAGAAACUACUGGGGCUGAGAAUGAGUCACUCGGUGGAUGACCAUGUUGACAUAGAGCCUGUGGUGUGGCUGAGGAGCUUCCAGUUAUUGGAUUCAGAUGAACAGUAUGAGGGCCAAGUGCAGGAAUGGGGGGAGGAAGAUGAGAACGGUGCUAUGUUUGGCAUCACUCUACGACGAGAGCCUGUCACGCCAACCCCAGACACGGCCAUGGCAGCGGACCGCACGGCACCCACUUAUGUCCACUACCACACAGUGAAGCUACGCAGGCUCAAAGCCGGCACUUUGGAACACUUAGUUACCCACCUUCUGGAUCCCGAACAUCAGGAGCCUGACUACGUCCAUGUUUUCCUGUCUACCUACAGAGCCUUCACCUCUACCAGCAACCUUAUAGAGCUGCUUUUUCAAAGAGCUGACUCAACCACUGUUUGCUUGCAAAGUGCUUUGCUUCCAGUCAUCAAACUGUGGUUGGGGGAAUACAGCGCGGAUUUCAAUGAGCCCCCCCAAUACCAGACUCUCCGGCUCUUAUGUGCCAAGUUGCGCCGGCGCAUUUGCUUUCGACGCUUGGCCCAAACUGCAGAGAGUAUGCUGAAAUCGCUCCAGGAACAAGAUAGAGAUCGCAGCCAGUUUACGUCAUUGGAUGACAGAGGCCUGCUCUGCAAGGAGGAAGACAGAGACACCUUUAUGAAAUUCCCUGUCACAGAUGUAGCAGAACAGCUCACUAGAUUAGAUAUGGAACUUUUUGUCAAAGUAUUACCAUUCCACUGCCUGGGCUGUGUCUGGUCACAACGCGACAAGAAGGAAAACCGUAAUCUGGCGACCACCGUCCGCGCCACCAUUUCCCAAUUCAAUGCUGUUACCAACCGCGUCAUCACAUCGCUGCUUUGCCCGUCUUCGCCGAGUCCUUGCACUUCCAGCCCGGUCUCGUCAUCCAACUUAUCUUUCAGCUUCCUCUCCCCUCCGAGUAUACUUGGCCGUUUUCACUCCUCUCACAGCAGUCCAUCCUGUAGAGCGCGCAUCAUUGAGAGGUGGAUCACUGUCGCACAGGAGUGCAGGCAGUUGAAGAAUUUUUCUUCCUUACGAGCCAUCCUGUCCGCCCUGCAGUCUAAUGCUGUGUAUCGCCUCAAGAAGACCUGGGAGGCUGUCUGCAAGGAAAGCAUGGUUACCUUCAAGCAUCUCUGUGAGACAUUUCCUGAUGAGAACUCUGUACUGGCCAGUCAGGAGAGUUUGACAGAGGGUGGGACUCAGCAAGAGGUCAGCUCGAACACUAAUUCACCCCCGUUGUCUUCCAAACAAGCGCAUAAAGGUGGAAUUAUACCUUACCUGGGCUCCUACCUGACUGUCCUCACUAUGCUGGACACAGCUCUCCCAGACUCUGUGGAGGAUGGACUCAUCAACUUUGAAAAGAGGAGGCGGGAGUGUGAGAUUCUCUCUCAGAUUCGCCAACUGCAAGCUUCUUGUUCCCAAUACCAGCUUCCGGUGAAACCUCGCAUCACAAACUGGUUGCAGUCAUGCACGUUGCUUCUUACAGAUCAAGAGAGCUAUGAACUCUCACGUGAACUUGAACCUCCCAUCGAUCCGUGUCCCAGUUCUCCUAAUUUACGGAGCAAUCGUUUGCUGAAUAAGAAGCUCGCUUCUUCACGUGCAACAAGUGACUCUUCUUUGCGGAAGGCUCACGCUGACCAGAUGAGUGUUUCAUCUUCGAGUUCGAGCAGUUCAGAUAUGGAUGACCUCAGCGUCCCUCAUUCUUCCCCACUCAGACUCAAACUCAAGUCACUCUCCAGCUCAAUGGACAACAUCAACGAGGACUACACUACUUCCUUUUCUCCCAUCCUCUCCAGCUCUACUUGCAGCUCCUCUCAUCCUGACCUGAGCUGCUCUUCAUCCUCCUCUUCCAGCGUCUCUAUGCAGUCUGUGCUGCCAGUGUACAACAAACAGCUUGCCGACUCGUGUAUCAUCAGAGUCAGCAUGGAGUGCGUCAACAACGGCAAUAUCUACAAAAGCAUACUGCUCACCAGUCAGGAUCACACACCUCAGGUCAUUCAGAGAGCUCUGGACAAACACAACCUAGAGGACACAUACAGCUGUCAAGACUUCAGCCUCUGCCAAAUGCUCAACAACGGGAACGAGCUCCAUAUCCCCGAUAACGCCAACGUGUAUUAUGCCAUGUGCACCACCUCCAACUAUGACUUUGUCCUGCACCAACGCUGGAGAAGCCAUGGGAGACAUGCCGCCUCCUGCUCCAGCCCUGGAAUUGCCCUCCACGUCCGCCACGCCAAGUGCCAAGGGGCCAGCAUCCUAGCUAAAUCUAACUAG